AUGUCUCUGUUGAUUUGCUUGACUGAUGCUAUAAAUGGUCAAAUAAGUUAUGCAAUUUUGGAAGAACAAGAUCAUGGAACAGUAAUAGGGAACUUAGCUCAUGAUCUUCGAAUGGAUCCAAAGCAUCUCUUCAAUCGUAAGUUCCAGAUUACUUAUGAUACUAAGAUUAAGUAUUUUGAAAUUAACCCCAAAACUGGCACUCUGUAUGCUGCACAUAAAAUAGAUCGUGAAGACCUGUGUAGCAGUAAUGUGGAUUGUGUGAUUAGACUGGGAAUUGUAAUAGAUAUGCCACUCGCUCUGUAUCAUAUUGAAAUAUAUAUCUUAGAUCUCAAUGACAAUGCUCCCUUUUUCAGUGACAAUGAAAUAGUUUUAACAAUUGCAGAGUCAACUGAUCCUGGAACUUGUUUUCCUUUAGAGGGCGCUUUUGAUCCAGAUGCCAGCUCUAAUUCUGUCUGCUCCUACUUUAUGGAUCCAAAUGAUUUGUUUGAUAUAGACUCUCAUAUAAGUGACUACAAAACAACAUCUUUAGUGCUGGUUUUGAAGAAUGCAUUAGAUCGGGAAGAGCAGGAAUUUCAUAUAUUAACCCUUACUGCAACUGACUGUGGGACACCAAAACUGUCUGGGACAGCACAAAUUAGAAUUCAAGUGCAGGAUGCUAAUGAUAAUCCACCCACAUUUUCGAGUUCAGUGUAUGGAGUGUCAAUACCAGAAAAUUAUCCGAAAGGUACAUUCCUUUUAGCCGUCAAUGCAACUGAUAUUGAUGAUGGUUUAAAUUGUGAAAUUGAAUAUUCAUUUAGCAGCAUUGUACCUUUGAAGGUGCAGCAACUUUUUCAUAUUGACUCAAUAAGUGGUGUUAUUAGCCUCAGUGGAUUCAUUGAUUAUGAAGAAAAAACAUCUUAUGAAAUACAAGUACAAGCUAAGGAUCAUGGACCACUACCAUUAAUGGGUCACUGUAAAGUUAUAGUAGUCAUAACAGAUGUCAAUGACAACCCUCCAGAGAUAAAGGUUACUUCUUUAUCCAGUAUAGUUAAGGAGGAUGCUGAGCCUGGUUUUGUGAUAGCACUUUUAACUGUUACAGAUAAAGACUCAGGCAAGAAUGGCCAGGUAACUUGCCAAAUACCUACCCACUUUCCAUUUGUUUUACAAAACAAAUUCUCAAAUUACUACUCUUUAGUACUCAAAAAUGCCCUUGACAGAGAAUCUGUGUCAGAAUACAAUAUUUCUAUUAAAGCUACAGAUUCUGGAUUUCCUUGCUUAUCUUCAAAUACUUCUAUAAGUUUUGUGGUGUUUGAUGUUAAUGACAACCCACCAUUAUUUACACAGUCAACAUAUUCGGUUUCUGUGCAAGAGAAUGUUCUUCCUGGGACCCCAAUUGCUCAAAUUUCUGCCCUUGAUCUAGACAGUAGUGAAAAUGCUCGUAUUUCAUAUUUUCUGUUACCAAAAACAGCUGAAGAUGUGUCUUUUAGUUUAAUUACGAUUAAUUCCAUCUCAGGAAAGAUAACUUCAGUUAAAUCUUUGGAUUAUGAAAAAAUGCAGAUGUUUUGUGUUGUUGUUGAAGCCAGAGAUAAUGGAACACCACCUUUGAGUAGCACGGCUUGUCUCACUGUUUUUAUCCAAGACCAAAAUGAUAAUUCUCCCCAGGUGCUACCAUCUCUGUCUACCGUAGAAGUAUGGAGAUCAGCCAAAGUCGGACAUGUAGUGACCAAACUAAAAGCAUUUGAUCGUGAUUCUGGUUACAAUGCCUGGCUUAAAUAUGAAAUAGCUUCUUUUACCAACAGUUCCCUUUUUAGACUUGGACUUUAUACUGGGGAUAUCACUGUGGCAAGAAUGAUUGAAGAAACUGAUGGAGAUUUGCAUAGUUUGCUGAUUUCUAUAACUGACCAUGGAGAACCUCCAAAAUCCACCAUGACUGUUGUUACCAUCACUAUUUUGAGGUCUAAAAAAGAAGAGCUGGAUGAAAAUGUAAUGUUGGUAAAGGAUAAUCGAAUCAUUACAAAUUUCAAUGGACAUCUCAUUGUAGCUAUUUCAUUUAUUUCAAGUAUAUUUUUGCUGAUUGGUGUAUCAUACACAGGGCUCAAAUAUUUCAAAGCCUUCAGAAGUAUAGAAAGGCAUGCAAGAUCUGAAGACCUUAGCUACAUGAACAAUGACUGGACCCUAAUAAAAAAUAAAAAUAGCUUUACUCCCUUGUAUUUCAAUACUCAGUCAGCCAAUAACACCAUUCUCAGUCAAUCUUGCAAUUAUUUAUCAGAUGCAGGAUUUUUUGGAGGACGGAUGCAAGACGAAGAAAGUACAUACAGGGCAGACAGUCAGGAGCGUGAUGCCGCGCACAUCAUCUCCCGGGUAAACACACUGCCGCUGGGGAACGAGGACGCUCCCCUCCCCUCCCUGGAACUCCGAUGCCGCUGGGGAGAAGUGUCGGGUACAUUCUCUCCUGGGAACAUUUCCAGCUGCUAG